AGAUUCCUCCGCGCGCAGCCCUAAUACAACCCCGAGGGAGGUGCCGUGCACGCCGGUCCCGACCUCCCCGGCGCACAACCCAGACCCCGCCCCGCGUCGCCGCGUACGCCGGUCCCGGCUUCCCCCGCGCGCGGUCCUGGCCCCGCCCCGCGGCGCCGCGCACCCCUAUCCCGGCUUCCCCCGCGCGGCGAGUCAGGGCGGAGCGAGCGGGCUCAUCCUGGAGUGGGAAAGCCAAGCCUCUCCCACCCGCCCAGCGCGGUAUCCCGGGGACGCCAUGGAGCCCCGGGUGGUUGCGGAUGCUGUGGAGACGGGAGAGGAGGAUGUGAUUAUGGAGGCUCUGCGCACGUACAACCGGGAGAACUCCCAGAGUUUCACGUUUGAUGAUGCCCAACAGGAGGACAGGAAGAGACUGGCAGAGCUGCUGGUCGCGGUUCUGGAGCGGGGCUUGCCACCGUCCCGCCGCGUCACCUGGCUGCAGAGCAUCCGCAUCCUGACCAGAGACCGCAGCUGCCUGGAGCCUUUCACCAGCCGCCAGAGCCUGCAGGCACUUGCCUCCUAUGCUGGCAUCGCCUUGGAGGGGUCCGUCCCUGAGCCUCUGGACAUGGACGUUGUACUCGAGUCCCUUAAGUGCCUGUGCAACCUCGUGCUCAGCAGCCCGGUGGCACAGGUGCUGGCCGCAGAAGCCCGCCUAGUGGUGAGGCUCGCAGAGCGUGUGGGGCUGUAUCACAAGAGCAGCUUCCCACACGAAGUCCAGUUUUUUGACUUGCGCCUCCUCUUCCUGCUCACGGCACUUCGCACUGAUGCGCGCCAGCAGCUGUUUCAGGAGUUGCAGGGGGUGCGCCUGCUGACUGCUGCCUUGGAGCUGACACUGGGAAUGACCCCUGAUGGGGGCCCUCCUGAGCUCCUUCCUCCCCAGGAGACUGAGCGGGCCAUGGAGAUCCUCAAAGUGCUCUUCAACAUCACCUUUGACUCCAUUAAGAGGGAAGUGGAUGAGGAAGAUGCUGCCCUUUAUCGGCACCUGGGGACUAUUCUGCGGCACUGUAUGAUGGUCGCUGCUGCUGGAGACCGCACAGAAGAGUUUCACGGCCACACAGUGAAUCUCUUGGGAAAUUUGCCCCUCAAGUGUCUGGACGUCCUUCUUACCCUGGAGCCACAUGAAGGUUCCCUGGAGUUCCUGGGAGCAAACAUGGAUGUGAUUCAUGUCCUCCUCAGCUUCCUAGAAAAGCGUCUGCACCAGACGCACAGGCUGAAAGAGAGCGUGGCCCCCGUGCUGAGCGUACUGACGGAGUGUGCCCGCAUGCACCGCCCUGCAAGGAAGUUCCUGAAGGCCCAGGUGCUGCCCCCACUGCGGGACGUGAGGACGCGGCCCGAGGUCGGGGAGCUGUUGCGGAACAAGCUUGUUCGCCUCAUGACGCACCUGGAUACUGACGUGAAGAGAGUGGCAGCUGAGUUCCUGUUUGUCCUGUGCUCGGAGAGUGUGCCCCGAUUCAUCAAGUACACGGGCUACGGGAACGCUGCUGGCCUCCUGGCUGCCAGGGGCCUCAUGGCUGGGGGCCGGCCUGAGGGCCAGUAUUCGGAGGACGAGGACACGGACACAGAGGAGUACAAAGAAGCCAAGGCCAGCAUAAACCCAGUGACCGGGAGGGUGGAGGAAGAACCGCCCAACCCCAUGGAGGGCAUGACAGAGGAGCAGAAGGAACAUGAGGCCAUGAAGCUGGUGAACAUGUUUGACAAGCUCUCCAGGCACAGAGUCAUCCAGCCUAUGGGGAUGAGUCCCCGGGGUCAGCUCACAUCCCUGCAGGAUGCCAUUUGUGAGACCAUGGAAGGGCAGCUCUCCUCGGAACCCGACUCAGACCCCGACUGAGGACACCCACUCUUCUGUUCCCCCUUCAGAACUGGUGCUGCUUCCAGAGAUGGCCUUGGGACUGUGACCCAGGGAAGCCAUGCUUGGAGACCCUUUUCUCUUUACUUCCAAAGUUCUGUUAAUGGUUUGUCUCUGGUCCAAUUUCUUAUCUUUAGGACUAUGAGGGCCUUGUCCUGCUGCAACUCUGGGAACUCCACCAUGAUCUCCACAGAUGAGGUGGUCUCGUGUGCCAAGAGGAUGUGUGCAGAGGCUGCUGCCUGGGGGCAGGAGCUGAGCAUGGGCACAUGCACAGGCAAGCAUGUCCAGGGCUGGCAUACCGGCCCAGAGCUUGUCAGGCAGGCGCUGCAGCUGACAGGAAAAGAACUUGCUAGGACCCUGUAUCCUAAUGUCAGAAACAUACUUUCAAGGUAUGCUCUAUUUCUGUCCCCACUGAGCUCAGGACUGGGAGCCUCCUGUGCGUUCUUGGUCCUCGCUCAGCACUCUGCUAUAAGUGUCCACAGCAGCCAAGCUCUCACUGGUUGUGACAGUGGAAUCCUGGGCUUCCCACUGGCGUAGACAAAUACACGAAGGGAAACGCACCUCGUAAAACCACAAGUCUGGAUUUCUGUCGUGUACCACAAAGCAUCACUGAAAUAUCUUGGAAUAAAGAGUUUCGAGCAAGAA